CUUGUACACUACUCAGAGUAAAACUAACUCCAAAACUAACAACCAUCAUCACUCUCUUCCACUAACCAUUUCCUCAAAAAACUUCCAAAUGGCUCACGCAAACUCCACCGUCUUCUUUGCCUCUUCUUCCUUUGCCUUCCGCCACCGAUCUAGGGUUUUCGCUCUCGAUUUCGCUCCGAUACUCAAGGUUUUCGGAGUUUCGAACAAGUGCUCCGAACUUGGAUUCACUUUCUCCACUAAAAAGAACAUUUUGUAUGCAUCUACUGAUGGUUUGAAUGCAGUUGGUUCAACCUCAUUGAAGUCCGAACAAGAUGCUGAUUAUGUCCCUAUGCCAAAAGUCCAUAUAGAUCAAGAUUCAGAUUCUGAUGCAACGAUUGUACAGCUCAGCUUUGGAGAUCGCCUUGGAGCUCUCCUUGACACGAUGAAAUCAUUGAAAGAUUUGGGAUUGGAUGUGUCAAAAGGAACUGUUGCCACUGAGGGAUCUGUCAAACAAACAAAAUUUUUCAUUAAGCGAUUAGACACUGGGCGCAAAGUUGAAGAUCCUGAUAUGUUAGAGAGGAUUCGACUUACCAUCAUUAACAAUCUUUUGGAGUAUCAUCCCGAAUGUAGCGUGCAACUGGCUCUGGGUGAGGCUUUUGGAAUAAAAGCUCCAGAGAAAAAGCUUGAUAUUGAUAUUGCAACUCACAUACAAGUCAAGGAAGAUGGACCUAAGAGGAGCUUACUUUACAUAGAGACCGCAGAUAGACCUGGAUUACUGGUAGAAAUUAUCAAAAUCAUUGCUGAUAUUAACAUUGAUGUGGAAUCAGCAGAGAUUGAUACAGAAGGACUGGUAGCCAAAGAUAAGUUUCAUGUCAGCUACAGAGGGGCAGCAUUAAACAGUUCCUUGUCUCAGGUAUUGGUGAAUUGUCUACGCUAUUAUCUCCGAAGGCCAGAAACUGACAUAGACAGUUACUAAUACGAACCAUUUCUUGGCUGUAAACCCAAAAUAACUGUUCUUGUACUAAAUCAUCCUUGAGCUAUAAAAGUCCCCUGUUUAAGGUGUGCUACCAGAUCAUCUUUGAGCUAUAAAAGUCCCCUGUUUAAGUUGUGUUUCAAGAACUUCAGCUAUGGUAAUCUAAUUGCAUUUUGGGAUACUUUGCCAUUAACUCUGGUCUAGUUACUUUGAAAAUGAGAAGUUGUAAAUAGUAUGUAAAAUAUUGGCACUAGCCAUUUGUGCAGUUUUACCCUCCAAGGACAACUUUUUCCACAACUUGCUGUUUUGGCAAAUUGUGAUUACUGAUUAAAGCAAUAUUGCUUUCACUUUA